GGAAUAUUGGAAUAUAUAAAGUGAAAUUAAAAUGACUUUGUAAUUGCACUCUAUCAGUUCAAUCAAUGAAAAUGCACUCGAGAAACUAAUUCAGUUUUGGACAUCAAAUUUGUGGUCACAAAUUUCAAAUAUAUUUUUCUUUUUCUUUUUCUUUUUCUUUUCCUUGAGGAGAAGUGUCCUCCAAUUUCAAAUCACCUUCCCGAGUUCGCUCGCACCAGUAAACUUAGCAGCUAUUCUUGGAAAGGGUUUGAUGAUCCCGAUCAAAACUGGCUGCAGGAACUGUAAUUUCCGCCAUAGCAUUACGCAAAGCUCCUCCAAUUCUCGGCUUCUCUUCGAAGCCGAAUGCCUACAGUCUAGUCCAUUUGAUCCGCGAUUGUACCACUAACAGCCGCUUCUCUCACGGCCAACAGCUCCAUUCGUACCUUCUGAAAUCUGGGUUUAUCUCCAACGUAUUUGUCUCCACAUCUUUGAUAAAUUUCUACGUUAAGUUUGAGCUCGUGCACGAUGCCCACCAUCUGUUCGACGAAAUUCCUGAACCAAGUGUGGUUUCUUGGAACUCUUUGAUUUCGGGAUAUGUCCAUUCCGGGAAGUUUCAUAGAGCUUUGAAUCUGUUUUGUCAGCUGGAAAGGUCCAAUCUUGCUGCGGAUUCGUAUUCGUUCACCGCCGCUCUGUGUGCUUGUGGCCAACUGAGCAGAGUGCGGGAGGGGAAAUCUCUGCAUUCCAAGAUUUUGAAAUACGGCGCUGAAUGCAGCAUUUUCGUGGCGAACUGCUUGAUCGACAUGUAUGGGAAAUGCAGCUGCGUUUCGGACGCGAUGAAGGUUUUCGGAGACAUGGCUGAGAAGGAUGAUAUCUCAUGGAACUCUGUUCUUGCUGCAAAUGCUAGAAACGGAGCGCUUGAUCAGGCGUUUGCUGUUUUUUGUCGGAUGCCUAAUCCCGACACCAUCUCGUACAACGAGCUUAUAGAUGGCAUCGCGAAGUUUGGAGUGGUAGAAGAUGCUGUAACCUUGCUUUCAAGAAUGCCAAACCCGAACUCGUCUUCUUGGAAUGCGAUCAUAACAGGGUAUGCAAACAGGGGAAGGGGCAGAGACGCAGUGAGGUUCUUCUGUAAGAUGCAUUCGUGUCGCAUUCGUAUGGAUGAGUUCACGUUUUCGAGUGUUUUGAGCAGCAUUGCUGAUUUAGCAGCUCUCACAUUGGGGAGUUUGACGCAUUGCUGCGCAUUGAAGUGUGGCUUGGAUGAGUAUGUUGUAGUGGGGAGUGCUCUCACGGACAUGUACUUCAAAUGUGGGGCGGUGGAGGAGGCGGAGAGGUCGUUUGAGUCCCUCCCGGAGAGGAAUCUGGUCACUUGGAACGCGUUGAUGUCUGGAUACGCGCACAAUGGUGAUCCCAGGAAGGUGUUUGAGCUCUUCAAGGAGAUGAAAGGGGUCAAAGAUUUGGAGCCGGAUGAGAUCACCUUCCUCAAUGUUCUAUCCGCGUGUUGGCAUGGCAGGGUCCGGCUAGACGUCGUGAGAGGUUACUUUGACGUGAUGAGGGUUGAGUAUGGGAUUGAUCCAAUGCCGGAGCAUUGUUGCUUGAUGAUAAAGGUGAUGGGGCAAGAAGGGGAUGUAAGGGAUGCGGAGGAGAUGAUUGGUGAGCUCGGGUUCGGAUCUUGUGGGAUGGUUUGGAGGGCAUUGCUCGGUGCUUGCGUGAGCUGUGGGGACGUUGGAGUGGCUGAGGUUGCAGCUCGGAAGGUGGUGGAGCUCGAGGGGGAGAAGGAGGUCGUGUACGUGAGCUUGUCGAAUGUGUAUGCGGGCCGGGGAGAUUGGGACGGGGUGGCGAGGGUGAGGAGGGAGAUGAAGGUGAGGAAGGUGAGGAAAGAAGCUGGUUGUAGUUGGAUCUGAACUUGAAGACUAGAGAUGAUUAGGGUUCAUUUCAUAUCUCACUACUCACUUCUGCUUAUGUUUGUUAUUCGAUUUGAAACAUGCAUAUUCCUAAAUAUGUUUUCGAGAUUUUUGUUGGAUAUUAUAUAUUCUCUCCCUUCUUGAAAAGUGUAUCACUUUUUUCUUUUUCA